AUGAUAGUCUUCUUGGUUGUCUUCCUCGCCUGGUUCUUCCUCUACUUCUUCCGCGACAAUCCCUUGGUCAUCCUCAACCGUCCGAUCGACGACCGCGUCGUGCUGGUCAUCCUCACCGUGUUUACGAUUGUUGACCUAGUUUUUACCGACGUUUGGCUCAACGUGUUGGUUUCCGUAUUGGUUGGGGCUUUUAUCGUGACACUACACGCUGCGUUUAGGGGAACGGAAGAUUUGUACUCCGAUGAACUUGACGAUUCCGAGGGUGGACUGUUUUCGGUUGUAGGCAGCCCCACCGGAGCUAGGUACACCCGCGUUUAA